AUGGUUUACUUUGUUUUUCUUUCCUUUGUUUGGAACUUUAAGAUUGUCGUGCUCAAUCCAUGCCUUCUUUUCUGUUUAAAGCCCUCGGAAGUGCUUCCGGCUCCCGGUGAGCUACCUCGGGGGCGUUUUCUCCAAAGACGAGGGCCGUGCUUGUUAGAGACUAAGGAAAGCAACGGCAGCUGGAACGAGGAGGAGGUUGACGACGACGACGACAACAAUAGUUUUAUAGAGAACGGUGAAGAAGAAGAAGAAGAGGCAAGACUCGAAGAUUUCGUGCCAACCAUCAAAGUGAGAAAGAUGGACGGCCCAUUGCUUAUCAGCACAGUGAUUCAAAAAGAAGUGGCUCUCUCCUCCAACCUUUUUCGUCUGCUUGAGAAUGAACACCUCAGCAUAAUCUUUGAGCAUCAAUGUCCAACAAAAACAAAAGUUCGCAACACAUUUCAGGUGAGAGUGCCCCCCGAAAUGGACAUUGAUGCUUCCAAAGCCAAGCUUGAGGCACGGGGAGAUAGAAAGGAGCCAUGUUAGGGGGAUGAAAAUUUAACAAAUUGGCCUGAAUCUCUCUCGCUGUCGCUCUUUGGUGACCUCUUUUAUAUUGUCUGCUUUUUCAUUGCUUAUUUGCUGCAUGGAACACUAUCUUAUUAACGAAUAUCGG